AUGGGCUGGUGGAAGGGCCAGGCGCACUGUCCCGGGCACUGGCUGGCCGAGUUGCCGACCCAGAUGAAGGGGGACUCCCGGCGCCACUCGCCGUGGGUGCCACACCGGCUCAUGCAAAAGCCCUCCACAGUCACGUCCGCAGAGGUGAGAACCACGUUGAUGGCGGCGGCACCACCCCCAGCCUUUCCUGCUAGCGUAACCAGGUCAGCGGAAUUGAGGGACUUUCCGAGAGAGCAUCCUCCGUCGAGCACCUGGCGGCCCAGGAAGAGCACCGUCUUCCUCCCAUGUCCAUAG